AUGGCUCCUUCGUUAGCGGAGCAAGACACUUUAAUCUCACAUUUUUGUGCUAUUACUGGUGUUACUCCUACAGAAGCUAGAGAGUAUCUUGACAAUGCCCACUGGAAUCUCGACCGCUCCAUUGCGGAAUUUUACCCUGAGGAGCAAGAGUUCGAGUCAGCCGAUGACGAAGACUUGGCCCCAGAACAAGCGGCGGGUCGCUCAGCUGGCCCGACCUUAGCGGAGGCUGCCCCAGUGGCGCAGCCCAGGAACACCGGUGCAGGCAGGCCACAGAGAAAGAAGUUCGCAACCCUCCACGAUCUGGGCUCAGGGGAAGCGGAUGAACAAGAAGAUGAUGAGGACGAUAAACCAAAUCUGUUCACUGGUGGGGAGAAGUCAGGCUUAGCUGUUCAAAACCCUGAUGACCUCAAGAAAAAGAUCAUAGAGAAAGCAAAGAAAGCCUUACCACGAGACGAUGAAUCGCAACCGAGGAGAUCUCAUUUCACUGGUACGGCUCGAACACUUGGUGGCGAGGAUGCUCCAAGCAGAGUUGUCGAAAAUCCCAACGCGAACAGAUCUCAGCCGCUUGAGCGCGUGCGUAGGACGCUACACUUUUGGAAUGACGGAUUUUCGGUGGAUGAUGGUGAUUUGUUCCGCUCUGACGAUCCAAGGAAUUCACACAUUCUGGAAAGCAUUCGACGAGGCCAAGCUCCACUGGCUAUAAUGAAUGUUCAGCCGGGACAGCAUGUUGAUGUGGAAGUUAAUCAGCACGAUUCCAACUAUGUCAAACCGAAACCUAAGUAUAAACCAUUCUCUGGGCCAGGCCAGCGCUUGGGAAGUCCCACUCCAGGCCCAGGUUCUCGGACAGCAGCGCCAGCUCUGACGACCACCGCAACAUCCACAGCUACGGAAUCAGGGCCGCAACAUCCCAAAAUUGACGAGUCCCAGCCUACAGUGACGCUCCAAAUUCGACUUGGAGAUGGCACAAGGUUGACCAGCCGCUUCAAUACCACGCACACAAUCGGUGACGUGUAUGAUUUCGUCACCGCUGCAAGUCCCGUCAGCCAGACAAGGCAGUGGGUACUUAUGACCACCUUCCCCAGCACUGAGCUCAAGGAAAAGUCGGCAGCCCUGGGUGAAAUUAAGGAAUACCAGCGCGGUGGAGUUGUUGUACAAAAGUGGACAUGAAAAUCUAGGGAAAACGGCCCAUAUCUUUGGGCUACGUUCUGGCGAUUUGUGCUUCUGGGGAUCCUGACCAUAGCAUUCUAGCUUUAAAAGCUAUCUGGCCCCCAUUUGUCGAAUUGAUUGAAUUCCAUAUCGUCGCUUGGGCGAGUUAUGGAUAUUUUAAUCAUCCCACCAUGAGGACCAAAGGUAGUAGCAAAUAG